CAUUGGCAUUCAACUCCAUAAACACUACCGGAGAUGGGCGCUUACAUCUCCGCCAAUGGCAUCCAACUCACUCCAGACCCAAAUGACUACACCAACACUUCAUUUCUCCAAUAUAAGAUUGGCCGCGCCACCUAUUUCCAACCCCUUCACUUGUGGGACAGCGCCAUGGGAGAUCUCACGGACUUCAGCAUGAAUUUCUCCUUCCUGAUUCUAGGAGAAAACUACGGCGAAGGGAUUACCUUUUUCCUUUCUCCUAAUGGUUCUAACAUUCCACCGGACUUGGAUGGCGGUGGACUUGGCCUGGUUAAUGAGAAUGGAACAUCUACGUUUGUUGCAGUGGAAUUCGAUACUAAUAGAAACACAUGGGAAACCAGUUUUCCCAUCAAUCAUGUGGGUAUAAAUAUCAACACUAUGAAGUCUGUGAAAAAUCAGUUUUGGGAGAGUGGUAUUUUUUUGGGGAAAAAAAAUGAAGCCCGGAUAAAGUACGAUUCGAGCACCAAAAACCUUAGUGUUGUAUUCACUUAG